UGUACAUGUUCCCUACAAUGCAAAAUAUUUCUCCGCUAUUCCUCCAAACAUUGUGUAUUUUAUUUAAAGUUUAAACAGAUUUUGCUGUUCAAACGGUUCAAAUUUAACAUAUAAUACGAUCAAGUAUUAAAGUCUCGUUUUAUCAAGCCGUUAUAAUGUAAAGACAAUAUAAUGUCCACAGCAAAUGGAACCACCGAAGUACAGCAUCCUAGCAGCCUAUCAUGUCCUGAGUGCGAUGGUCAACUAGUUCUGCAAAGGGAUACGACCAAUGCCGAUGCUGCAGAGAACGAUCAACAAUAUUUCAGUUGCAACUCCUGCGGAACGCGCUUGGAAAUACACCUGGAGGAUGAACUACCAAAGAAUGGCAAGGAAAAACCGUUCCAAUGUGAUAUCUGCCAUCGAUUCUAUGCGACAGCAACCACACUGAAAGUGCACCGGACCUUGCACCACACUACUGGCAAGCGCGAGCUGUGUGACCAUUGUGGAGCGAGCUUCCACACCCGCGGACAGUUGAAAAUACAUCGGCGAGUUCAUACGGGUGAAAAGCCCUAUAAAUGUGAUGAAUGUGGAAAAUCGUUUCCCUACCGAGAAAGCCUUAUAACGCACUCGACGGUACAUACACGCAUCAAACCGUUCUUGUGCGUCGUUUGCAAUGCAAGCUUUUCCUGUAUCGGGAAUCUGCUUAAGCAUCGGAGGGCGCGCGCUAACAAGUGCGGACUGGAGAAUGUUCCAAUCAGGCAUAUUGGGCCACGUCCGAAUAAAAGAACAAUGCCAAGCCUAUCGGAUGGUUGUAAGAAUGAGAAAGCAACGAAAACUAUAAGAAACCCGGCAGAAACUCUGGAAUCAAUUGAAGUCUUAGAAGUGAAUCAGCACGAAUCGGACGUGCUUGACGAUCUAGACGAAAAUAUUCCCAACAACGAACGUUUGGCAGUUGAAGAAGUUGAGCUUAAUCAACCGAUCACUUCAACUGAAUUUAGAAACAGUCAACGAGAAAAUUCCUCAACAGAGAGAGAUGAUUCUGUGGAGGGGUUUUUUGACGAUGAACAGAUAGAAUGGGAAUAUGUCCAUGUAGAUCCCGGUCAGCUGUGCGAUUCGUCCUCAACACACAGCAGUAGUAGCCAACAGGUGCGAAAGUCCUCUCCAUCGAUCGAACUGUCUUUAGACAAACCGGAUGAAGUGACGAUUCAGCGAAAUAACGAAUUACUACAGAAGCAAAUGAAAUUGUUACACGAGCUCUCGGACCCAGUCGAUAAAAUCUUCCGUUGCAAGCUUUGUCCCCAAGAGUACACCACGCUUUACCUGAUGGCGCGCCAUCUCGAACGACUGCACAACGUGACCCUGGAUCGAGCCCGGGAUAGGUUACAGUACGUAAAAAAUACCACCAAGCAAGAGAAGCGCUAUCGCUGCAAGUACUGCGACAGGACGUACGUAAAUGCUACAUGUUUGAAACGACACAUACUUAAACACGAACAGGAUGGUCUUUUCCUACACAAAUGUUCCUGCUGCGAUCGGUACUUUAAGACGGAGCAGGAAACACACCAGCACCAGCAAGACGCGCAUCGCGAUCGAUUGGAGUGUAAGAUUUGUGCGAAAACUUUCGCCAAACCGGAUCAAAUGCUGCGUCACAAGCGCUAUGCACACAGUUCCGAUGGAAAAGAUCGCUGCAAGUACAUAUGUGCGCAGUGUGGGAAAAACUUUCCCUCCAGGAUUACCCUGUCCGAUCACGAGCGGGCCGAGUGUGGUAAAGCACCCAUCUAUCCGUGUAACAAAUGUGAUAAGCAUUACUCCAGCUAUAGCUCGCUUAAGAUGCACCAAACGGUGCACGAAAAUCGGUUACCGUUUGUGUGUAAUUUUUGUGGGAAAAAGUUUCGUACCAAAGGGCAGCUGACGGUACACGAGCGGGGCCAUACGGGCGAGAAACCGUUUCGGUGUGAUAAAUGCGAUCGAUCGUUUCCGUACCGGCAGUCACUGACGACGCACAUGAGCACGCACACGGGUGUGAAGCGGUACGGGUGUACGGAGUGUGAUCGGAAGUUUUCCUGCAUUACCAACAUGCAGGCGCAUAGACGUGUGCAUCACAAAGCGAUGGAUGGUGGUACGAGUAAACCGGAUUAGUCGUUUAAAAAUGCAAUUUUUGGUGUUUAAUAAAAAUACAAGUCAUAACACA